AGUUGUUUGUGUAUAAGCUGAAAAUUCCAUCCAAUAAAGAAGAACAAGGAUUAGUUAGAUAUAAAGAACGCAUAAUAAGAGCAGCUGGUCUUGUGCCACGCUUUGCCUCCUACCAGCAACACAGUCCAUCAAAGAGAAAAGAUGAGGAGGGGCCAAUUUGCCAAACCAAAACCCAAAACUACAAAUGCCAACCCAAAAUGAGCCAAGCAAAAGCAACGUGAUCCUAACCGAUUCAUCAUCAUCAGAGCCACUUCUAUUUCAGUAGCUUGCAAGAGAGAGACAUAACAGAACAGAGCCUCACGCACUCCUCUCUUGCCAGAUCACUGCAAUAACCUCCCUGCAUCUGCAUUUGCAUUUCCAUAAUUGCAAGUUUCCAUAUCUGAUAACUCCAUUCCCCUGCCCAACAACACAAACUGCACAAGGACACGAACAGCCCAAAACCCUAUAAACCAUCUCCCAUCUCUCUGAAGUCUGAAGAGUCAUCUACCACACCUCACUGUCUUGAGUGUCUUCAUCCCUCCAAAAUUCCAAUCCCCCCUCCUCCCUCCCAAACUCCAACCAAGCUCCAAAGCUGGCACUGCCAUUCCAUCAGCAAUGGCGAGGCCGCCCACAAUGGUGAUCCAGGACGACUACAUCGACAUGGACCUCACCCCGGCCGCCACGCCGAUGCCGCCCUCCUCUCCACGCUUCGAGUUCCAGAGCACCGCAGCCGGCAGCACCAAGCUCAGGGAGCCGGCGUUCGCGUCCCCCGCCGACGAGCUCUUCUACAAGGGCAACCUGCUGCCGCUCCACCUGCCGCCGCGGCUGCAGCUCGUGCAGAGGCUGCUCCAGGAGCAGCAGCCGGCGCAGACGCUGCAAGGGGUCGUCGAUAAGAGGGAAGUGGAAUCGGAUGCGGCAUCGGAGGGCGGAGACGCCGCCGCGGCCGGCAAGGCGUGCGCGGCCAAGAAGCCGUCUUGGGCUAAGAAGCUCAAGGUGGUGAAGCGGUGGGCGUCGAGGGAGUACAUCAGGUCCUUCUUCCUGGCAAGGCCGACGCCGAGCGACAUCGUCGUCGACGGCACGGCCAAUGGCAAUGGCAUCGGCAGCGUCAGCGCGAGGGGGAGCGUCCUGGACCAGGAGGAGGUGUGCCACCACCGCAAGUCCUUCUCCGGCAUCAUCCGGCGGGUGCGGCUGGUGGCGACCAAGGCGCCGGGGACCUCGCCGCUGUGCUCCUCGUCGUCCUCGUCGUCUUCAUCGACGCCGUCCUGCGGCAAUGCCAACGGGUUCUUCUUCCGGGCGGCUGCGCCGGCGGCGCCGGCGCUGAAGCGGAGCAGCAGCGCCGGGUCGGAGGAAGGCGCCAUCCAGGGCGCCAUCGCGCACUGCAAGCGGUCCCAGCUGCUGCAGCCGGGGAUGGUGGUCUCGGCGCGGAGGAGCGUGAGCGACGUCAUGUUCUACUCGGUGACGAAUACUCCCAGGGCCUCCUCCGUCACCGCCGGCGAGGUGGCGCAGGAGAGGCGGCAGGAGAUGUGCAGGGGCUGAGAUGCGAUGGGUUGGCAUCAAUGACAUGGAUCAAAGCAACAUUCUUUUGUUUCUUUUUGCUUGUGAAGAUGAGCAAUGUGCUGUGGAUUGCUGUUGAGGACGCAAUGUGCUGUGAUUCUUUUCCCUGUCAAAUUCUUUGUGAUAUUCUUGGAGCAAAGAAUUUCCUCAUUUGAGCUGUGGAUCUUGGUGGUUCGUUUCCUUUUCCUCCUCUGCUCCAUUCUUCUCCACCUCUAAUCUCUUCCCCGGAGCUUCUGCUCCUGCUCGUGCUCUCACUCCAUUGUUUGGGGAGGUAGGGUAGUGCACAGUGUGUGAGUAAAUGGUGCAAGGGUGGCACUGACUUGGUGGCAGAUUUGAUUCCACCCCAAGUACGCCGCUUGACCAUACCAUACUUCUCUGUACAAAUCAAGUCUGGUUGUUGUAGUGAA